UAUAAAUUACGAGGGCAAAAUCCAAGUAUGAAACUAGAUACCAAUCCUCACAUUACCAUUUAUGGUCCUCCUGAUGUGGAAAAAAUUACUCCAAUGGCAAAAAAAUUUGCACAUUCGACAAACUUAAAUAUAGUGAAAGGCGACGGGAGUUCAUGAAGAUUUUUGUCUUACUAUAACACCAGUCCCAUUUUGCGCUGAUCUAUUAACAUCAGAAGAAGACAAAAAUUACUUAGAGUCUCCCAGACCUGAUAAAAGAGUAAAAACUGAUUCUACCUAUACCAGUGAAAGCAGGGAUGUUGCCUAUGCAUACAUUAAUAAGGCAAAACCUCUGUCACAAAAAAUUAAUGUUGAGAAGUGUCUGGAUGCUGGUAUCAAUAUUGGCCCAAUGGUGGGUAAACUACAGAGAGGGGAAUCUGUUGUGUUAGAAGAUGGCAGAGUUGUGCGCCCUGAACAAGUAACAGAUAAUAUGAUGUGUGAUGACCGACCAUUUCUCAUUCUAGAAUGUCCAAGAAAGGAGUUUAUUAAUUCAUUGUCUGCUUGUUCUGAGCUUGAGGGGUAUCUAAGAGAAAAUACAGACCAAGCAUUUUCACUAGUGGUGCAUAUGUCACCUAUCAAUGUGUAUAACAGCGAGGAAUAUCAGUCAUGGUUGAAUAGGUUACAUAAGAGCACUGACCAUCUGGUGAUGAACAAAGAUUCUCCCGAGGCUGCGGUGACCAGGGUGUUCGCUCAUCAGGCCAGGCUGAACUUGGUUGAUACAGAAAUCUUUCCUUUGUUACCAGUGAGUGACACUCCUGCUAGUCUAGAGACUCUGAGAGUCACAUCUAAUACUAAGGAGGGGGAGGCUAAAGAGAAUAGUUAUUUAAAAAAGAAAGGAGAAGUGAUGUUGGCUUCAUCUGGUCUUGUCUAUGUAUGCAGAGGAAAGGAGCUGGGAUUCCACAUGGACAUAGCAGAGUUAAGUAUAGAAAAAGAACAGAAGUACUGCUUAGAUAAUCUUGAUAUAUCAGCAAAGCUUACUGUGUUAAAGAAAUCAAGCCUGUUAAAAUCUCAAGAUUUGGAUAAUGAUCAGGACAACUUAACCAGCUAUCCAAAGGUUGAAUUUUUAGGCACAGGAUCUUCAAAACCCUACAGAAUUAGAGCACAGUCAUGCAUUUUAGUUCAGUUAAGCAAAAGCAAAAUUAUUAUAUUGGACUCUGGUGAAGAUUCUUAUGGCCAGCUGUUUCGUUUUUAUGGCAAAACAAAAGUUAAAAGAAUUCUCAGAAAAACCAAGGCAAUGUUUGUAUCACACAUGCAUACUGAUCAUCAUUUGGGUCUUUUCUCAUUAUUAAAAGAGAGAAAGCUUGCCUUUGAUGAAAAAGAAAUACCUUUUGUUCCUGUUUUACUGAUUUCCCCAAUACAAAUGAAGAGGUGGUUGAAGUUCUACCACACAGAGCAGGAGCCUAUCAAAUCACUUUUUAGGUUUGUAAAAAUACAAGGUUUUCAAGAUUGUGAUACAUUUUCUGUCUUAACCGCCACCAUGAAUGAUGUUAAAAAAGAACUGGAUUUUACUGAGUUCACCCCUAUUGCAGUUGAUCAUAUCAUCAAUGCAUAUGGAGUAGCUUUCAGGCAUGCUAAUGGAUACAAGUUAGUAUAAUCUGGAGAUACACGGCCAUGCAAGGCUUUGGUUGAAGCAGGAGCAACUUGUGAUCUGCUCAUCAAUGAAGCCGCUCAUGAGGACAAUUUAUUGCCACAGGCUCUAUCUAGCAAACACAGCACAUUUUCAGAACUAUUGAUGUUGGUCUGUCCUAGAUCAUUAGGACGUCUGCCAAAAGCUAUUCCAGCUCUAGAAGAGAUUUUUAGUGAUGAACUCCUAAAGUUAGUGAUUAAAAAUUUAAAACGGCUCAGAGAAAAGACAGAAGCUGAAAAUGUUCAAGUUUUAGAAAGCAGAAGUUAA